AUGGAGGAAGCGACGCUGCGGGCGAAGAUUCAGGCCAUGAAGAACCUGCUGCAGGCAAAGCGACAGCGAGCAGACGGUGCAGCAGUAGCAGCAGCCGCUGCGUCUACUCGCUACGUCCACAAAGCGCCUCACGCCGGUCACUAUCCGUCGCGAACGUACACGCGUCCGACGCCGGUGAACCGCUCGUGGAAUCGCUUCUCGCCAUCGACAGCUGUCGAGACUCGAAGAGGCGUAAGCAUAGGAAGUGCAAACAAAGUUUGGAGAAGAGACGACGCGGCACGUGCGACGACGACGACGACGGCAGCGGCUGUGAUACCGGUACCCGCUGGUGGACAGGCGAGUGCGGUGGGGACCGGGAGGAAGAACAGGACGUCGAGCCGACCACUGAAGGUGGCUGCAAACAAGAGCACGAGCAGGAAGCUGCAGGUGCUGCAGCUCGAAGAUGGGGAAUACGCGAAAGCGCGCGACGGGUUUAGUCUCGUCCGAGCUGGGACGAAGCCGAUGGCUGCAAAGCGUGCUGACCUGCGGACUAAGACUGCAGCAGCGCCAAUGUCGGUAUCCCGUUCGAACAGCAAUUCUGUGCACAUUGGUGGCGUGAAGUAUGUGGUUGCGAAUGGAGGCAAGACGUUGAAGCGGUGUGUAUCUGAGGAACGCAUGAUGAUUGCUACUGGCAAACCGGACUCAGUGAGUUUGGCGACCAAAAGCGGGGCUGCCCGUGCCGCACUCUAUCGAGCGAAAGCUACUGUGCAACGGGCACGGACCCAUCGCCUCCACUUGGCGAAAAAGCCGGCAAAAGCCCGCACGGUGUAUUGUUCGUUUUACAACCGUUUUGGUUUUUGUAAGAACAAGAAUGCGUGCAGGUUCAUCCACGACAGCCGGCGCGUGGCAAUGUGCCGAAAGUUUCUGAAGAACGAGUGCAACGACCCCAAGUGUUUGUUGUCGCACCAACAUGACGAGAACAAAGUUCCUGACUGCAAGAUGUUCCUUCGCGGAGCAUGUACCCGAGAGAACUGCAAGUAUCGCCACGUGAAAGUGAGUGCAACGGCAAAAGUGUGCGAGCUGUUUAUCAAGGGAUACUGUCCUAAGGGAGGGGCAUGUUCGUUCCGUCAUGAGCUUCCUCUCUUGAAUCGUAAGCUGCCUAGAACUGCACCACUAGAGCAGACUAUUGCCAGCAACCCGCCGGUCGUUUCAGGUACGUCGUCGCCUCGAUCUACGAGUGUAUCCGAUCCGCCGCUUGCGUCACCGGGUACAGGAAGUCCUCAUAAGGUCCAUCUGGAGCUGUCUAUUCGGCCAAACAUACGCUUUGCGUCCAAGCACAGCGCAGGGUUCCCCUUGCUUUUUGGUGGGCUGCGCAAGUGA